UUCAUGUUUGACAACUUCCUUGACCAAACAUGGCGGCGUACAGAAGGAAAUUAAUAGCUGCUGGACUAAGUUGUGCGUCUUCGUUCAUGAACAGGAGCGUUUGCUGUCAGAGCCGCCGGAGACUCGCUGUGUUUCCCACAGUCUUGAGAAAACACUGGAUGACACUGAGUGUCACAGGAGCUCUGUGUGCUGUUCCUUUCACACAGAAACCAGAAAGUCUAUCACAUGAAGAGCUGGUACGAAGAGCAUUAUCUCUGGUUACUGACAGCUCUAAUACUUUCCUGUCACAAACCACCUUAGCACUGCUCGAUUCCCUCACAUGUUAUGUUAAGGCAAUAAGCAGUCUUGUUACAUUACACAAGCAAUAUGUGGAUUCCAUCAGCAAACUUAGCCCUGCAGAAGAGGAGGCUAUUUGGCAAGUCAUUCUUCGGCAACGUCAAGAGAUAAUUCAGAGGCAGAAAGACUGUCAAAGAUUUGAAUCCUUCUGGAUGACAGCCAUAAAUCUCUCAGAGGUGGCAGCAGAGGCAGCCUUCAAUGCAGGAGCCGAUCAAGCUUCUGUAACAGUACAGGCUAAUCUACAGAUUGCACAGUCCCAGGUAAAACAUGCUCAAAAGCUGUCAAUAGAGGCGGAGAAAGAACUCAACACCUCUAAAGCUGUUGAUAGUAAGAGGCUUCAGAAUGCCCUAAGCACCAGAACAGAGGAAGAUGAGGACAUCCCAGAUGCAUAUCUGCGAGAGGAUUAAUGACAUUUAGUCAUUUAGCAGACAUGACAUUAAUUAAUGACGUCAAGAACAUUUUGAGUAAUGUGACAAUUUCAAAGUCAAAACCAGCUCUGUUUAACCUGAAACAUGACUGUGGUCAUGUCUUGAGUAAUAUUCCUGAAAAUGUCCAAUAGAUGUGGCUCAAGACAAAUGCUGUGAAAUAUUGAUUCAUUUUAAUAAUGCCAAAUUAUGAAGGUAAAUAUGUCAUAAAUCAAUCAGAAUUCAAAUGAAUAAAAAUACAUAGUAUAAUUAAAAACAUUUACUUCUAGUUUAAAAAAUAAUUGUUUUGUGUUUUAUGCAUUACGGUAAGCAAAAUAUGUAUGAAUCUCUGCUUUUAUUUUUUCAAUAAAUUUAAGGGUUGGAAUUUCUGUUUUUUUUUCUUGAUUUACAAUUUUUGUUAACAAGCAAUAAAGUGUUCUGAAAUCUUAUUUUAUGCAAGUAUGUCUGUUUUUGUAAUUAUGCCUUUAUUUGAUAAAA